GAGUGGGGUCGACUAUUUUGAGGACGUGGGCAGUGGUGGGGUUUUCGCUGGGUCGGGGGGAAAGUGUUGGGAUAAGACGGCCCCGAUGGCAAAGUCGGAGGCAUCCGUGGUGACGAAGAAGUGGCGAGUGGGGUCGACGAUUUUGAGGACGUGGGCAGUGGUGAUGAGCUCCUUGAGUUUGUCGAAGGCGGCUUGGCGGCAUUCUGUCCAAGCGAAGGAAUUUCUGGUCGCGGAGGAUGGCGAGAACUUGGCGGAGAUGAUCAAGGUGGGACUCGAAGGUGGGGCUAAAAACAAGGAUGUCGUCGAGGUAGAUCACGACACAGACUUCGAGGAGGUUGCGGAAGAUGUGGUUCAUGGCGGAUUGGAAUGUGGCGGGGGCGUUGGUGAGAUCGAAAGGCAUUACGAGAAACUCAUAGUGCCCGAAGGGGGAGCGGAAGGCGGUCUUGUGGGUGUCCUCCUCGCGGAUGCAGAUCUGGUGGAGGCCAUUGCGGAGAUCGAUCUUGGUGAAGUAUUUGGCUCCACGGAGGCGAUCAAGAAGUUCGGAUAUCUGGGGAAGCGGGUACUUGUUCUCGAUCGUGAUCCGGUUCAAGGCGCGGUAGUCUGUGCACAUGCGGAGUAUCGAGGUGCCGUUCUUCUUGACGAAGAGACGGCUGGUUCCGAAGGGGGAGGAACUAGGCUUAAUGAAUCCUCCUUUUUCAAGGAGUUCAUUGAGUUGGCGCUUCAUUUCUUCGGUCUCGGGGACGGAGAGCUGGUAUGGGGGCCGGCAAGGGGGGGAGUGGUCGGGCUCGAGAUCGAUGGUGUAGGAAACACCUCGGUCGGGAGGUAGUCCGACAGGCAAGGAUUCGGGAAACACGUCUUUGAAUUCGGAUAGGAGGGCGGAGAUCUGAGGGUCGGAGGGGGGAUCUUGGUCGGGUUUGUCUGUUGGAAGC